AAUGUUAUUGCUGUAGACUGACAGAUGUGGACUUUGUACACCUCUAGUAACGCAACGUAUAUCUAAUAAUCAAAAUGGCCUAAUUCAACGGUAUGUUAUAAAUGAUAAUAAGGAUCAAAGAACAUGACCUGGUGAUUCGGAUCAGGAACUGACACACUGGACAGAUGGCUCUUGCUGCAUAUAAAGAGGAAAAUCUGUGCUGUCCUAUCUGUACAGAGGACCUACGGGAACCAAAGAGUUUACCGUGUUGUCAUGGAUUCUGUAAGGAAUGUCUUCAUUUCUACAUCAUGUCAAAGCCACCUGUACAUGUUAAACGUUUGGUUGGAUUCAAUUGCCCCAUCUGCCGUGCAUUUACGGCAGCGCUGAAUCAGAAAUCUCCACGUCAUCAGUGGGCGAGUGAUUUCUUGACAGACUUUCGAUUUGUUAGUAUGUUGGAAUCGCUUCCAGAUGUUACAGAGUCCUCUGUCAGUAGUUCAGCAAGCUGUACCUGUCUGCAGGCCCCUCUUGAUGUGUAUUGUCGAACACACUUGCACGACAUUUGUAAGACUUGCGCUUCAAACUCCCAUCGGAAAUGCUCUACCAUUUCUAAAGACAUGGCAAAAAUGGAAUUUGAUAGAGACAUUAAGCAGCUCCAGGGUUUGAUAAAAACUUUAGAAAAAGAACAAAAUGAUCUUGGAAGAAGUGAAAAUAGUACUGACACAACACAUUUCAGACAUUCCUUUGUUGGAAAUCGCCAGAUAAACCACAGCAAAAUAAAAAACAACAUUGAGACAACGGUUGACGGAAUCAUGAAAAGUCAUCACUUAAACAUGAGUAAACGAAAGGAAGAAUGUCAGAUGAUCAUUGAAGACGCACAUUAUCAGUUAAAGCAAGCAAUGUCAUUGGGAAGUCAAUCAACAUGUCAGUUGUGCACUUCUUCAGAUGUACUCAAAGUGACGCUUGAAAAUCUUGCAGAUCGACGCCGACACCUUACGAGGCUACCAAACUCUCUAGCAGACAUCAAAACAAGAACCAGUGCUUACAUAUCUUGUGCUAUCUCUCCUUUGAAACCAAAAGAUUCUUCGAUAGAGUUUGAAAGAAAAGGAAGCAAUUUUCCAAGUGUAUUUGCUCUGCGAUUACAUGAAUCUUUCAAUGCUAAGCUGCCAUCAGACUUGAGGAACUGUCUUAUCACAGGAGCAGCCAUACUCACUGAUGGUCGAGUUGUGCUUGCAGACACAAAUAACAGCAACAUCAAAUUGUUUUCUUCCAAUUUUGCAUUUUUGAAUUGUAUCAGCCUUUUGGCACCGCCUUUCGAUAUUGCUGAAACAGAAUGCAACAAUAUUGCUGUUACAUUCGGAAAAAGAAAUGUUAUUCAUUUCUACGAGGUGAAUGAUAAGCUUCCAUAUGAACAUGAGUCUAUUUCAACAGACCAGCCUUGCUACGGUAUGUCGUCUGGUAGCGAUUUACUCUAUGUGUAUUGUGGAAACUCCUGGCUCAAUCCAUCGUGUAUCAGAAUAUAUGAUUAUAGCCGGACUUUAGUCACAAAGGUUUUCAUGGAAAUGUUCUCAGCUGGAGAAUAUUUAGGGUAUUGCCCUGUAUCAGAAUACAUGUACGCUACUUCACAAAAUCUCCUUUCGCCACAGCAACUCCUUUGUUACCCGGGCGAUGGUAAUUGUAAGAAGAUACUUGGUUUUUCUGACAGAAAUAACAAGCAUAUAAUGCUUGGCCAAAUCCGGGGAAUGGUUGGCGUAAAGUGCGGCCUCAUAAUGGCCGUUCGGAGCAUGCCAAAGACUUUUGGGCUGGUGUUAUCGAGGUCUACUAUUAUUUUUGGAGACAACAGAUCAAUUACAAACGAUAACAUGUACACGAAAGUCCUCAUGGGGAAGGAUGAAGCACAGUUUGCUCGAGUCGUAGCGUCAAACAAACAGAGAACCAUGCUUCUUGUAGGUCAGGAAUCACCUUUCAUAAUUGAAAAAAGAAACAACCAGGUGAAAAUGUUCCGCGUUGUCCGUAAUUAGUAACUGACAAUAUUGUAAAUUGUCAUGUAGUUUUCUCUGAUAAUGGAGAAUUCAUAUACUAAGUCAGAUUAAUCAUGAAUCUACUAUGGACAUUUGACCAAAGUUGUAGAACAGGAAGUAACUCACUAAACAUAUGGUGACUCGUAGGGUUCAUCAUCCAACUACCAUGUAUUAUAAAGAUAGCUAUUAACAUCUGUUUGCUGUAGCAAAAUUUCACUGACAACAUUUGAUUGGUAACUCUAUUGUGAUAUUUGUUGAGAUUCUUGACAAGCAAUUUCAGGAUGAAGCAAUGAAUGGUUAUACUUAGGUGCUUAAAUAAUCAUAUUGAUGACUGUGAUGAUAUA